UCUUACAUUUUCUGCUAAAGUGCAUUUGAAGGACAACGUUUAUGUUUUAAUUAUGGUAAUUGUACUGGAUCAAUGCCUGGUUUGGAGUUCAUAGCUGCGAACUUCAUAGGAAAAAACCAUCUUAAAAUCCGUGUUAGCAAUAAUAGCAAUUCAGUUUAGUAGUUUCUAUAAAGCUGUUUUUUUCCCCUAUAAGUGUUUAAAUGUCCAUUGUCAAACUAGAGACUGUAUAUUAUUUGGCAGAAAAGAUCACUUCCUGUUUUAGUUGUUGGCAAAUGGAAUACUCAGCAUGACAGAACAUAUUAAGGAUCUUUACGGAAUAAUUAUGAAAAUACGAAAAGGACUACAGCUAAGCAUGCUGCUUUCACUAGGAUGUCUGACACCUCAGAAAACGCGCAGAGCUACGAGGAGCUGUUCUCUAACAGAUUUUCACCAGAGGACAGUGAAUACCAGCAAUAUCUAAAACGUCCAGCUGACCCGCCACCAAUUGUUGAGGACUGGCGGGGGCGUGGUGGGGGAAACCAGAGGGGCAGGGACAACAGGUACCAGGACCGCCGAGGCUACAGAGACCGCGGUUGGGGAGAAGACAGGAAAUGGCGAGGGGACCGUCAUGGACAGCACUGGCAUGACAGAGACAAGAACUGGGGGCAUGGCAGUGGAUAUCAGUCUGGGUCCAGAGGCUCCAAUCAGGGAUACAACUCCCAUAAUCGUCCACAUUAUGAUCGCUACUGAUUACUCCAGAUUUCUACUAUUUACAGUCUCAUGACUUGAGCUUCACUUGUUUGUGGUAGGAUUCAGCUGGUUUCUCCUUUUCAUCGGUGAUGCAGUAAGAGCUGCUCUUUAAAUUUCCUGUCCCUUGUUUUUACCUAUAGCAAAAAUGCAUGUAAAGGCAGAACUUUGCAGUGAUUGUGAUGUGAAAUCUGAAUUUCCAAGACAAAUGUAUUCAUGAUACAGCUUUACUUUUGCCAUCAGUGUAUGAACUUGCAGAUUAACUUUUGUUUCUGUUAGAAUAUGUAUUUUUCAAAUAAAAUGACUGCUGACUGUGCAAUCAGAUGCAUAAAGUUUAAUUGCUUAAACCCAUUCACAUAUACCAACCUUACUGUAAUGGGUGUCAACCAUGUUUCCAGUCUUUAAAGAUUUUUUUUUUAAAUUUAGGUGUUCUAAGUCAAAUCACUAUGUGAAACACACUUGAAUAAUAGAUUCAACCCUAUUUAUGUCAAUUAUGAUUUUUACAUCAAGUCAAUGAAAACACAUCUAAGAUAUUAGAUCAGAUCAAUAAACAUUUUAAUAUUGAAA